AUGGAGUUCCGCUGUGAGAUGAUCGACACUGUAAGAAACUUGCAUCUGUUGAUGCCUCCGGUGGCAACACUCAAAAACGCGUAUCGAGAUCGAAAACCACAGAAAGGACAAGGGGGCCAGGAAUCUGGCGAUGAGGGUGAUGAGGAACAGGUCGUCUCAGAGCAGAACUUUGGAGAGUACAUCUUCAAGAAGUACCCUGACCCGGCCAACCUCAAGCAGGACUUGACAGCAGAGCAGCUCAUCGAAGCUUUUCUUCCCACGACCUUGGCGUCAUUCCGUAUGCCUUUGGAAGUGCUGGCUUGUGACUAUUGGGUUCCGGGAACCACCACAAGGGCUGACCUUCCCAAGUACCACAACUCAAGAUUUUGGCGGGAAAUUCUUGUGCCGGGCGAUCUGACUUGCAUCCUCUAUGCAAAACGUGCCACGGAGGACUUUGCCCGAAAAGCACCGAAAGAUGCAACCACCAAGCUCAAGGAUUUGGCCACCGUACUCAAAGCUGGGGAAGAAUUCCAAUGGGAUCGCAUCAACUUCGUUCUUGAGGUGCGCGGUGAGACCGUUGACAAUUUCAUUGCUGAGGCUCAGGACCGGACCAGGAAUGCUCUUGCUUCCAGCCUCACCGCAGCAUUCAAAGCGUGGAACGAGCAAUUGCGCUCAGACCAAGUGGCAUUCCAGUCAGAGAAAAUCUUGUGUGAGCGGGAGAAUGCGAAGAAGAGGUCUUUGCUGGUGAAACAGCUGGAGGAUUGCCACAACAAAGCAUGGCGCUGUGUCACUGACUAUAUGGAAGCGAACUUAAAGGUGUUUGCAGGCAAAGUGGACAUGGCUGAAAACACCUUGAUGCCAUUGGUCAAUGGAUGGAUUACCACCUCUUUGUCGGAGAUAUCGGCUGUCCGUGCAGCGGAUGAUCAUGCCAUCAUUGGCUGGUUGGUGCUACCGACCGCAGGGGUGGUGGGAGCCCAGAAAUGGGAUUGGUUCUUGAAUUUCAUUUGCAACCUGUUGGGGCAGCAUCGAAAAAAUGGAAUGGUGAUCAUCGUUCAUUCCAACCGUGCAUCGCAAGUCAAAAGCAGCCCCAAUGACAAGAAUAGCAGGAAAGACUUGAGUCAGAAGGAGCGGAACUUGGCUGUCAGGAACAUCUCAUGGAUCUUCAGCCCUGCAUCGGUGUAUGGAAAAAGAGAUGGAUUUAUGCAUGGCCUUGCAGUUGUCUCCCGAGAGAUGCCCAAGAACAGCAUCUUCCGGGGCACCCGUGGCUGGAAAACGGGCACCAUCCACGACGUGGAAAUGUUGGGGCGGGCCAGCAUGUGGAAGCCGGAGGCGGCUGGUGGCACAUCCAUCAUCCACAAGAGUCUCCAAGCAUUCCUCCCGGCCAGUGUUGCAACCACGGUCCUUGUGGACAUCCAUGGGUAUGACGGCUUUCCUGCAAUUGCAUGUGCUGAAGAGAGCCGUGUUCUAUGUGGGACCAUUUGUCUUGACCAGUUUGGGGAACAGCAGAUUGAAAAGCGCAUUGCAGAGAAAAUUUACAAUGACAGCCGCACUGGGUCCCUUCAAAUUUCUGGCUUCCCUCAGUUUGAUUCGCUGAUAUCUGCCAUCAAGCAAGGAUCCAACCCUCGUGAGAACAGGAACUACCAGGUGUGCACCCAGAAAGGUGACAGGCUUUUGGUGCUCCAGAGCUACGCGGCUAAGUUCAUGGACUCCGAUGUCACAAAGGAUGAGGCAACUCAAGCCAUCGAAGAUCACAACAAGGUGUUCAAUCAGGGUGGAAAUUUUUGGGAAGAUGAUAUGACUCCCGAGCCAAGUGCAUCAGAGCCUCCUGCCAAGCGAAUCAAGAUUGAACCCACGGAUAUGGUCACUGAAACCGAUGUUUCAUCCCUGAAGAACCCGCAGAAGUUUGCAAUCACCAAUGUCUCGGAACUGAUCACCAAUGGGGACGGCGAUGUUCUAUUCUCCUUUGGAAGUGGCGAGUGGCGUGAGAAUGCGGAAGCCAAAGAUCUGAUGGGUGACGUACAUGGCAGGUGGUAUCCAUUCUCCGCUACAGCUGAGACCAUUGUUUGCUUGGAAAAGCAGGGGCUUCCUGAUCACCUGAAGCAACUGCCUAGCAUUGAAACCCCAAUGACACUCCAAGCUCUGCUUAUGGAUCUUGAAGUCAAAGUGAAGCUUUCCCAUCACUCUAUCGCCGAUGGUCCUGUCAUCACCGCUGAGAAGCCCCUGGUCUUUGUCAUGGACCCUCCAAAGGAAGAUGCUCCUGACGGCAAGAAGAAAAAGCGUAAGCACAAGAAACCUGAUGGGCCUACCUUCAAAAACUUUGGGGCCCGGCUGUGUGUCAACAAGAUGAAGUCAUGUCCCCGGUUCAUCAUUGGAUGGAGGAUGAGUUUUCCUGGAUUAAUUAAGCUUUGUUGCAAAGUAGCAUGA